AUGGCGUUAGUCUCACUGCGUUCCAUCAUCUUUCUAACUAUUUUGCUACAUUUUGUAGCUUCACAACAGACUAAUGGUUCUGUAUCUGUUGGUGCAUCACUUUCAGCAACACCUGAUGCCAAACCAUGGCUUUCAUCUUCUGGUGAAUUUGCCUUUGGGUUCCAACAAGUUCAAGGAAAAGAUAACUUCUUGUUAUCCAUAUGGUAUGAGAAGAUACCUGAAAAAACCAUCAUUUGGUAUCCAGAAGGUGGUCCAACAGUGUCCACAGGAUCCAAAGUUGGCCUGGUUGAUAGGCGUGGACUCGUACUUUGUGAUCCUCAAGGCAAAGAGAUAUGGAGUUCUGGGUCAAUAUCUGACCUUGCAUAUGGUUAUAUGAAUGAUACGGGCAACUUCAUGAUCGUGGGUAGCAAUUCUCGCAAUAUUUGGGAAAGUUUUGAUCAUCCAGCAGAUACCAUAUUGCCUACUCAGGUUAUGGCUAGAGGUGGAGUAAUCAACUCCAAAAUGGGCAAAACAAACUUCGCUGGUGGAAGAUUCCAGUUACGUCUGCUUCAAGAUGGGAAUCUUGUUCUUAAUACUCUUGAUACGUUUUCUGGUUCUCCUGCUAAUGCUUACUAUACCAGUGGCACACGUGACAGCUCUAAUUCAACAAAUUCUGGUUUCCAACUGGUUUUUGAUGCGACAGGAUACAUGUAUAUAUUGAGAAGAAAUGGAGAAAGAGUUGGCCUUACUACAAGAAGCUCAGUUCCUUCUGGAGAUUACUAUCACAGAGCUACUCUUGAUUUCGAUGGGGUUUUUACUCAAUACUACUAUCCCAAGAAUCCCACUGAGGCUACAAGUUGGAAAAUUAUAUGGUUUGUACCAGAAAACAUAUGUGCAACUAAAGAUAGCAAAGCAUGUGGUCUAAACAAUGUUUGCAGCCUUGAUGACAAUCGGCCAAGCUGUGAAUGCCCACUAGGGUUCUCUUUACUUGAUCCCAAUAUUCCAUAUGGUGACUGCAAACCUGAUUUCACUCCGAGCUGUGACGAAGGUGAGUCAGAUCAUGGGGGAGAUGUGCUUGAUUUCAUGGAGCUCAAUAAUAUUGAUUGGCCAUCUUCUGACUAUGUGCACAUGAACCCGAGUAAUGAACAAACCUGUAGAACUUCCUGCUUGAACGAUUGUUUCUGUGCAGUUGCAAUUUACAGGGACAGCCAAUGUUGGAAGAAGCAGCUUCCACUUGCGAAUGGAAAGAAAGAUCCAUCACAAAAUGUGAAGGCCUUCCUGAAAUAUAAGAAAAUCGAUGGUCCUUCUGGAGCAGGAGAAAAUAAAAGUGGAACACGAGAAAAUACAAGUAGAAAAACUUUGAUAUCCGUGGGAUCAGCCCUCUUAAGUGCAUUUUUCUUAGGAAUGUAG